AUGAGCUUUCAUUGUAGUUCUGUCUGCACUCUUCUGUCUGACUCCCUGAAAUGCUGGAGACAUCUCUGUUUGUAGGUCACUAAGACUGCAGAUUCAGCCCUUCAGGCUCUCCCUCUUUGGGCAGAGGUGGUUCCCUCCUCCCACCAAUAACAUGGUGUCCUGGGGUGACCAUGCCCAAAUUUCACCUGUGCACAGCUUCUGCAAAAAUGUCCAAUGCACUUACUAACUUUACAGUUUAGCUAACCUGAAAUCUGCUCCAUUCCUGCUGCCAAUGUAAUUAAACCUCUUCCCUCACUAGCUACCUGUUUCAAUUAGAAUAUACAAUUCAAUUAGAAAUACAGAUUUUGUACUUAUUGCCACAUAUCCCUUGGAAAAACAAAAGUAUUGAACUUCCUUUUAAAUAAAAAAAAUCUUUCACAUUAUUUGUGUAAUCAUUAUUCAUAAACAGCACAAUAUUGCAAUAAGAAGACAUGCAUUACAUUUUUUCUUUUACUACUCCUGCAUGAAAGCCAUGCAUGUGUUGAAGCCACUCAAGACUGCAGCGCUAUAAAUAGUGCUCUAUUGUUAGUGGAUAAAAGACGAAACAAGUCUCACAGCACUGGAACACAGGACACUGUAUUAAAUGUUAAGCUCUGCCUGUUCUAAAAGUGAAAGGCGACAUCAAGUGAUAGACUGGUCUGUGGGUAAGACACACGGCUGGGAAAAGCUCAGUCUGACUCUGCAGUUUCCCAACACAGCAGGAGUAGCAGCUGAUCUUUCUGCCUCAGCAAUGGCAGAAGCUGUCAUAAGACAUUGGGUGGAAACUCCUAUACGCUACCAGGAGCAGUUUGUUGAUCAAGAGCUGGAAGCACACAAAUUGAACCACCUUUUAUAUGCUUUGCCGGGCCCUGCCACCACUGCACCGAGCGACCGAAGGUGCACCACAGAAAGCACGGCUGGGGCCAGGAAGAGCGGCCAGGAGGAGGAAAACACACACUUUCGGGUCUUGCUGGAUGUUGUGCAGUUCCGCCCCGAAGAUAUCAUUAUCCAGACUUUCGAAGGCUGGCUCCUGAUUAAAGCUCAGCACGGACCCAGGAUGGAUGAACACGGUUUCAUAUCCAGAAGCUUCACCAGACAAUACAAAUUACCCAACGGAGUGGAGAACAAAGACUUGUCUGCACUUUUCUGCCAUGAUGGCAUUUUGGUUGUUGAAAUGAAGAACUCAGUGGAAAAGAAUUAGAACCAUGUCUAUAGUUAUCGGUCUCUCUGCAUCACUCUGUGCCCAAGUCUGUACUUGCUCACAAAUGUCAUCAGUGAUCAGAAAUCACUGGAACAGCUUGACCUAGACAUAGCACAGAUUUAUCCAGCCAAACUUUACCUUCUCUUGUAGACAGUUCUUUACAAAAGCCUACGUCCAUGCUCCUUGAUAAAUGGGACCUUCCCCUGACCUGGCACCUGAGUCUUCAUGUAACAGGAACCACAAUGGAGUAUGGACCUGCCACCGAAUUCCUGCAUUUUAGCACCAAGAAGAGCAUAGGAAAAUGUUUCCAUCAUUUUUUUAAGUGAUUCAUCAAAAGAUCUUGGAUGGAUGAUUUUUAUGUGUUUACCAGAACAAUCUCAAAGUACUUGGCAGACAGUAUCUGAAUAAUCUGGAAAGAUCUGUUCUCACAUAUUUUAUAUGAUAUUUUACUUUUAUAAUCUGAUUAGAACUGAAUGUGAAUGUCACAUAGGAAGGUGCUAAUAUUGCUCACAGGCAGCAGACUGAGAUAUUAAUCAACAGCAAAGGAUUUCAGAACAGCUACAGCUUAAGACAGGUUUAAGACAUGCUGAUGUGGUUAAAUUAGGAACUGUGAAAUUGGCUGUCUAAAAAAUUCUGGCCCAGAAUAAGUGAUAAGCCUGUGCAAGCCUUACAGACCAAGUGUUACCAAACCUUCUCAGUUCCCAACAGUGAGGGAUUACCUUCAUAAUUGAUCAAACUGCUCCUCCAAAUGGAUAAAGAUUAUUAAAUGCAUGAAUAGAACCACUGUGAAAAAUGCCUUCAGAAGAAAACGUAUCAAUAUGGCACUAGUCUACAAAAAGAAGGUAAAAGAAAUAAAUUUCCAGAAGAUUCUUGUGGGCAGAAAGCCCAAAAAUGUCUUUCAUUGCCUUGCUGCCUUUUUAUAGUUUCUGCUGCACUCAGGACAUUUGAGCUCUCUCUACAAGAGUCCAAUACUGGUAAUUCAGUGAACCAAAGCUGACAUGAUACCCACCAGUCACUCAAUAAUGACUUAGCUGCAGCACUGGAAAAGCAAAAAGAAAAUCUCUGGUGUAUCAUGGUGGCAACACUCUCACUCAGACGGGAAGGUCUCGCAUUCCUUACUUACUUCAUAUCCAGGAAUCAAAACGUCCCUUUUUAAUCUGAGUAACAGUACAAGACUGGUUUUUAAGUGAGUAGAAAUAUUUCUCAAAAUAUUAGGUACACCUUCUGUUGUUUGAAAGAGACCUCUGUCUUGCCAGCUACCAGAGACAGUGGCUGGCCCCUCUCACCCAGAGGACAGCAGCUCAAUAGCUCUACACUGUGAACACAGAAGUUAAGUCCAAAGAGUUACUUACACCUGUACACUACAUUGGGGUAGUGAGCUCACCCCACUUAGCUGGCUGCUAACUCUGGAGCCAGAAGUACUGUCCCUGUGUGCCAGCUCAGGUCCCGAAAACUCAGACUCUCUACUUCUGUUCUCAGGCUGAAAAGUCAUCCCUUAUUAAAAAAAACACUUGGACAUUGAGACAUAAGAAACAUAGCACUCCAGCUCAGGACUCCCCAUUCAGGUUAGUGCUAGAGUGGAGAUUUCUGCUGUCUGUGCCAUGGUGGGCUGCAUUUUCAUCACAAAUCCCAUCAAUCUACUUUAAAAGUAACCCUCUUUAGCCACAUGGUAAUACUGCUGAUGCCAGCCUUUUCAAGGGGAAGUAUGUCUAGCAGCAGCUUGCACAAAUGGAACUGGUGCAAAUAGAGAAUAAUCUACAGUUCCUCUCAUGCUCCUUGGUGUGUUUACUAUGCUUUGGGUUGCCCCUGACCCUAGUGAGCACUGGCGAUGAAGCAUGCGACUGCUAAGCUCUGCUACAUGGCACAGAAGCUGCAGCAGGCAGGUCUGCGCGUGAAGAGGAGAAAGAAAACUGUAGAACCAGGGUAGGUAGGCCUUGGCACAAAGCUCUCUCAGGGAGAGCUAAAACAUCCUUGUGUUAACAACACUUUUCCAGCAAAUCCACACCACAGCCCCAUAGCAGCUACUGUACAGAAAAUACACUCGAUCCCAAGUCAAAACCUGUAGCUAUAUAAAAAAAGAUUUGAAGACAUAUUUAAACCUUCUGCAAGAAAUAUUUGACUUUUAUGUAAAAUAAGCAUUUUUAGGGGCUGAGAAAUACAUUUCAAAAUUACUUCAAAAAUUUUUGUUUGUUAAUAGAAAAGGAACACAUACAUGGACUGAACCCUUGGUAUCCUGGGCUGAAAGAGAUUAAGCUUCUUCAGCUACUGUUUUCAACUAUGUCUCUUUCCAAUUGCACAUCUCUUCAAUUAUCUUGUCUAUUAAUUGCACAUUUCAUCAUGUAAGCAGAUAUAUCGCAUGUCAGAAUCUCCAAAAGUUUCAUUUGUUCUUAGCAGAGUUGGAUGACAUGGGGAUUAAAGUGGAAGUGCCCUACCUGAACUAGCCACCCCAAAACUCCUAGUCAAGUCUUCAUCAGCUCAAACUGGUUUACUGAAUCAGUAUAAAGUAGCUAAUUUGUGCAGUUAUCCCUCUCACUGGCUCUGAAUGGAGUUGCUUUGAUCCAGCAAGACUUCCUCACUCAGGUGCCAAUGUGCAGCCUCCAGGGCUGGCUGGAACAUUUCUCUCUACCACCACAGUAUCAGGAGUAGAAGCUGGCUGCUCCUGCAGCUGAUUCAGAUGCUCAGAGGGACCACAUGAGUAGUUCUUCGCAUGUGUCUGACUUCCCACAAGAGGCAGAAGGGAUCUGAGAAUGUUUUGGGUUCCAGGGGCACUAACUCCUUUAUUUUUAGUUCCACUCCUCACUUUCCACGAUAUACCAUUCCCUUCUCAGCCUGGGCACAGGAGUCAUCUGUUCCACAGACAUCACAGUAGCACACUGGAGUAGGCACAAAGAGCAGGCAUGGCUUCUGUCUGUGAAUCAACUAACUUGGAAUUUGGAUGUUGGGUUUAAAUAAGUCCAACUCUUAACUAAAAAUUAUUCCAUUGAUCAUAGCUAUAAUGAAAAAUUAAUGAAGGGAAUGAUUUUCAGAGCAGAGUGUGACUAAUAAAAACAUAAUUCUUGUACUCUGUCUUACAAGGCAGACAGAAGCUCAUAAGCUACCUGCUCUGGUGACAGCUGUAUGCAUUUUAAUAGCAGUUCAAUUAUAUUUUGCAACUUUACCAUAAUUACCCAAGCACUGGUGGCAUGAUUAGUAUGCAACGUACAAGACACUCCAUAAAUACAGCCUCUGCCUUAAUGUAUAUAUGGAGCCUCAGGACUUGAUCCCGGAAUGAAACUGAGAGACUCAAUACAGAUUAGGAGACUAUGAGACAACUAAGUGAAGAAAUACGAACUCUAGACCCUAUCAUAAUAACCGUAGCAAUAUUUAACUUAAACCUGCUAGAAACCUCAGUCUGAAAUGACUACAGUGUCGAGACAGAUAAGGUUUCCAGAUUUAUUUUAUUCCAGAUUUAAAGGUCAGGAGGAUCAGUGAUGAUUCCUAGUGUGACACCCUGAACAGAAUGCACAUCAUCUCAUUUGAUAAUUUCCUCAGGAAGUCAGCCCAUAAUAUGUUUGAAAAAGAACACAUAUUUAAGUAAGAGAUGAAAUCUUUAUUUCAAGACUUCAGUUGUUGGAAAACUCAUCACACCUCUCCUUUAGUUAAAAAGUGUAAAUAAUCAUCAUGACCUACAAAGAGCAGGUUUUCCCUAGUCCCCUGAGAUGUGUUCUGUUCAGUGAUAAUUUUACCCAAAAACUAAAAGUAACACUCUGGACAGCUCUUGGGACUGUCUUUCUACUACAAGUAGAGUUACAAAGAUAUAAAAGCAUAGUGCUUUCUACUAAACAGUCCUAUUAGCUACUAAUAGAACACAAAUGAAUUUAACAUGAAAAAGUGUAAGCAUAAUCUUUCCACACAGAACAGAAAUAUGUAUUGAAUAACUUUGCAUAUAUUUAAUACCUUUGUACCUUAUGGAUACCUGUAUCAUCAUUGGUAAUUUUGCCAUCUUUAUGUCCUACUCUUUAAACUAUUGCUAGUAUUCUGUUGCUUGUUGAAUACGUCCUGACCUCCCACUGACCAUAUAAUUUUUAAUAUACUUUGGGUUUUCUCUUGUAUCAAUUGAUAUUGCUUGCUACCAACUCAUUUUUUCCAUUUCUACUUUCACUUGCCCUUUUAUAACAAUGUAUUUUAGAUUUGGAUAAUUCUGCUUCUAUGAGCGCAGUUUGUAUUUAUGGGUACCAAUAAACACUCCAAAUGCAUGCAGAACAACCAGAGCCAGGUUCUGACACUGUUUUUCUUAGGAAAUUAUAAUCUCUUAGGAUUUUACUAAUGGUAUGGGAUGCCCAAUACAUCUCUGUAUUGAACUCUAUCCUAAAAAAAAUGU